UUGAUAGAAAAUAGAAUCAACUUAGGAAGUAGUUAUGACAAUACCGGCGACCACUUUAUAUCAACAAAAAAGGAAAAUCAACAAGAAUAUGAUUUUACUCGCCUUCGAGGGUCUUUUUACGAGACUUCACAAGACGCCUUUAAGAAAAAUACUUCUCCAGAAUCUGCUUUUAUUAACGGUGAACACAUAUCUAGCUCAAGUAGUCUAUCACGCUUCAGUUCAUAUAAAAAUAUUACGCCUUUUAACGGAACACCACUUAUGUCUUCUAAGCAUACAAAUGAGAUAGCUUCACACAGUAAUUACCUACAGGAAAACGCUUUUAUGUUACCUGGAUUACUCGAGAAUUCUUAUUCCUUAGGAUCGAAUAAUUCUCGAAGAAUUGGCACUUACGUAAUAGACAAAACUAUAGGUAAAGGAAAUUUUUCAGUCGUUAAGGUUGCUACGCACACUAUCACGAAGUUAAAAGUUGCUAUUAAAAUUAUUGAUAAGACUCAUCUAGACGAGGAAAAUUUGAAUAAGGUUUAUCGAGAGGUCGAAAUACUAAAGCGGUUGCACCAUCCUAACAUAGUUAAAUUAUAUCAGUAUAUUCUCAACCAUGGUCGUCUUACAGAAGGCCACGCACGAUCAGUUUUUUCUGAAAUUCUGGAUGCAGUAGAAUACUGCCAUAAAAAUCGUGUUGUACAUAGAGAUCUCAAAGCCGAAAAUUUGCUUUUGGAUAAUCGCAUGAAUAUAAAACUCGCAGGCAAAUAA